AGACUUCUUUAAGGCCGGGACACAGCUCCGCGCAUGCUCAUCAUCAGCCAGGGUGGCAAUACACACGUGCUUACGGCCAGCCGCGGCGCCUGCGCCGUAGCGGCCUGGAGUUGGUGCACGCAGGACGUUUCUCGCACCUUGACUCCUGCCCUCCGUGGGAGCCUGUUUGUGCUUAGUGUCCUGUGCAUACGCCUUGCAAGCGACGGCGCCAUGAGUCUGUCUUCCAGCGUACGAGGUGAGGUGGGACCUGGGAGCGGUCCACUCCAUGCUGGGAAUAGACAACUCUCCUCUGAGGCUGAGGCUAACCAGACUAUGCAGAGCUUUCUUCUCUCCAGCGUUCUGUGGAAUUGGGUUGAAUGGAUCGCAGCAGUUACUAUUGCUGCUGGUACAGCUGCGAUUGGUUAUCUAGCUUACAAAAGAUUUUAUGUUAAAGAUCAUCGCAACAAAUCUAUGGUAAACCUUCACAUCCAGAAAGACAACCCCAAGAUAGUACAUGCUUUUGACAUGGAGGAUUUGGGAGAUAAAGCUGUGUACUGCCGUUGUUGGAGGUCCAAAAAGUUCCCAUUCUGUGAUGGAUCUCACACAAAACACAAUGAAGAGACUGGAGACAACGUGGGACCUCUGAUCAUUAAGAAAAAGGAAACUUAAAUGAACAGUUUUGGUGCUGCAAACCAACUAGUCAUGAUGUUACCUGAUUGUUUAAUUGGAAUGGCUACCACUUCUGUCUAUUUCACUUCCCCUGGGUUCUAGAUGUGAUACAUUGCAAAUUGCAGCUUUCAUACUCACAGCAUUUCUCUUGUUGAACCAUCGUGGUACACAUUUGUUUAAACAAAAAAAGGAAAAAGUAAAAACGAACCUUAUGGCCCAUGGGUUAUCUUGGUCUUGUAAAGAUCCGUUUCUUUACGUUUAAAAUAAUUAUAUUAGAAUAUAGUUAUAUGUUGAAGUUAAUACAUUAAAUUAUUCUCAGAAUGAUGUAUAUGUAGAUUGUACUUUCAAAGAAAAAUCAUCACCUUUUAAUAUUACUUAGUUAACCUAGAAAGUAAAUUGGGUGUGAUUAAGCUAUAUUAAUAUCUUAAUAUAGGAAAAACCUGUUAUGACCUUGAUUCUCUUCUUGACAAACAGAGGUAAUAAGAAAAUAUAGCUUUAUGUUUUCAUAGUUUUUAAUCAAAAUGAACUUUGAAUGUUAUUCUGCUUAAUUAUAAGUGGUCCAGGUCUAAAAUGAAAGGGCACAGUAGCUUCUUUAUUCAUUGGCAUGGAUAUUUAAUUGACCCAUUAAAGGAGCCAAUACUGGAAA